CUCGGACCGCCUUCAGGUCCUUCUGCUCUCUGAUAGAAGAGAGGUUGCUUUCAUGUCCGCGUUUUGCUCUCGUUCGGGUGACGUGGGCUCUCUGCUUCUCGUGUCUCUUUUCUGUUUCCGCGCAUUCUGGUCGCGGAUACCGUCAUGACGGGGGAGUCAAGGGUCGAUGACUCUCCUGCAAGCAAUGCAAGCUCUUCUUCUUCUUCUUCUUCUUCUAACUUAUACUCAGCCUCGGAGCCGGGUGCUGGGAAGCUAGACUCUCCAAGCCCACAGAUUCCACGACCAUUAGCAGAUGAUUUUCAAUUACCAUCAGAAGACGACAAGGACCCUUCAAGUGACCUUGGCCUUUCGCCCACAACCGGUCGUCUCAGUCAAGUACGCCCACAGAGCGUCCUGGAUACUGGUGGCUCAGCGACCCAGACCAAUAAUAAGCGGAAAUGGGCUGGAGAUUCGACAGCGCACACCGGCGCACAGGGCACCAAUUCCAAUGCGCAGGGGUAUCUCUUGAGUGAUGGAGAUGCUUCCAGAAAAGCCAAUGCGUUAUCUGCCAACGAUCGUGACAAUGCUGAUCCUGAAUGGAACGAACAGACCCAAUUUAGACGUGUGAAACGCAGGGCCACGUCAAGGGGAUCCGCUCCUGUCUUUAGCCGGAAUGGAACACAGGAUGGUCCGAGCUGUAUUCCAUAUGAUAGGUCCCAAUUGCCCGGAGAGAUAUGGCAGCAUAUUUUUACCCUUUUGCCACCGGUCACGCUGGGCCGCAUGCUACGUGUCAAUAAAACUUUGCGCUCCUACCUCGUCCCAGAGCUGCACACUGAACCGAGCUCUGUGACUCCAGGUCUUCUGGAAUGGCAAAGAUCCGACGCCAUUUGGGCCUCGUCGCGGAAACUAUUCCACCCCGGUCUACCCAGACCUCUCCGACAGCUUUCAGAAGUAGAGAUGUGGAGACUUUUGCUUGGGAGCCGUUGCCAGUUUUGUGCACAAUCCAAAACACCGUGCUCCUAUGACACCGCGCAGGAUCCUUGGACGGUCGGACCUGGGUCAGACGGCGUACGCGUAAUCUGGCCGUUCGGAGUUCGAAGCUGUAGUUCUUGCUUUCAGCUUAGGAGUGAGAAGGAAAUCACCGUGUUGUUUUCCUCCAAUAUCCCUUCCUUUGUUUUGCCGGCUCUCCCUUUCGUCCUUUUCGCUCAGACAGAAAAUGUGAUCCUCUCAGUCACGCUGCAAAACGGGACGCCACCCUCUUCGUUGCAGAUGACUAAAUACUUCUACAAACCGCACAUUGAGGAGAUACGACGUCGAUUCGACGAGGUGAAAUCCCUUGGUCAAGCCGCUGCUGAGGAAUGGAUGAAAGGACUUGAGGGAAAUGGAAGAGAACAUGUCAAUGAUGCUUCCCGUUGGGAACGUUGGGAGAUGAAAAGCGGCUUUCGGGAUCUCAAUGCUCAGAUUGAUCGCUUUAACUAUCCUCAAGAAGCCCGAGGCAACCUGGGUUUACCCUUGUUAGUUGCCACCCAUUUCAGUCCGGCUAAUAGCCCACUUGAUAGCACCCCUUCAAUGGCCGAACAAGUAAUCCCAGAGGGCCUCGUUCAGGAUCCAUUGCGGACCGCAGCUUCGGCUUCAACUCUUCAUUCUCCCACCAUCCCACCGCUCCUUGCUUCUGGUCAUUCUGAACCUGGUGUUUUCAACGCGUCACGAGUUGAACGUAGCAUCCACGACAUCAAUGAAGCCAAAGGGGCUCGUAGAGCAGAGAUCGAGAAACGCUGUAUGGAAAUUAUACCUCCUUUGCUACCUAAUGUGUUGAGUCACAUGGAAACUUUUCAAGCUGCUGUACAAAUACCCGCUCCGCUCACUGAUAAUGCGUGGCGCGUUCUCAAGCCUCGUCUUCUUGCGCAGAGAGAGCUGGCUGAACGACGAGAAGACGAGCGUACUGCACACACCCGCACUUCUCAGGCUAAAGUUGAAGAGAGGAAACAGCAGGAAGCUCAGCUCAAGGAAGCGAAAGAAUUGAUUGACCGCGAAUGGGAGGAAAUUCAAGGACCUAUUCGCCAACGGCUUGCACAAUUCGCUGACGAGAUCAUCAAAAAUUCGUGGGCCGAUGGUCGCGCCAUCACAAAAGAAAAGAGUCCAAAGUUCGCAGCCGAAAUUCUCCUACAUGUUCGAAAAAGCUUUUACGACGAGAUUGCCAAAGAGGACGAAGCGGCCCGUGAAAGGGGCCAAGAGCCAAAGCUUGACCCUCCUGAAGGACCACCAACCCGCAGGCUCAUGUUAGAGAAUAUGAAAUGGGUAUUUGACGUAAAAAUCAAACCACUGACGGAGCAAUUUCGAAAGGAGCUCUUCCUUUGUAAUGGCUGCGAGAACAACUCGAAAUUCUAUGGCUUCGAAGGUGUUGUUCAACAUUUUGCUGCUAAGCAUACUAACGCACUCAGUUUGGGAAGCAUUGUUGUCCACUGGCGCGCCGAGUGGCCAGAACACCCUCCUUUUCAUCCUGACCCGAGCGCAGCUAAAGCGGCAUAUUACGCCGCACCUCCACCAACUUCUCAUGGCCCUCUCUCGAACGCAACCUUUAAUUAUACCCCAUAUUCUCAGCCACCUAUACAAGGCCCGCAUAUCGCACUUCAUGGACACAGUUCCCAUGGCUAUUCCCAGUAUAGUCCAGGACCAUACAGACAACCGCCUUUUAUGGAUCAAUAUCCGGCCCAGUCUCAUGGGCCUUUUCCUCCGCCCCCUUUACCAGUCAGUGUGCAAGGGUACCAGGGCCAGGCUCAUCCUUAUUCGGGGUCCCAAUUUCCAUAUCCACGUGGUCCACCAAAUCUAGCCGGAUUCCAAGGAGGACCACUUCCAUUUCAACCUGGACAACAAGGGUAUGAAGCUUUUCAUUCACCUUAUCAACCGCAGGCCCAGAGAAUGUAUGGCUCUCCGCAUCCGCGCCAAGGAUUUCCAGCUCCGGCCGUGCCAAAGGAUACUAUAAGCCCACAAGAAUACGGAAAGCCACCAGGAACCUUUGGUCAGUCAAGCCCGGUAGAAACAUCUUACUCGGGUCACCUACGAGCAGGAGCAGGAGCAGGCGAACUUGGACCGGGAGCCAAAUCCGGACCCUUACUAGGAACCAUGAACUCGCAGUCCUCAGGAGAGCCAAAUGGAAUCUAUCAGGUCCAACUGGAAGAAAUGGCCAGAAUAGCUCGUGAAAUUUGGUUCGGUACCUCCGGUAUCAAGGAUCUCCCUGGAAGCGUCAGGAUGUAUGCUUUAAUUCAGCUCGUGAGUUCCAGAUUCGAGGCCAGAUUCACAAAGGAGCCAAACCUUGCUAUGUUUAUUGAUGGUCUUAACAACAACGCCUCGAUGAAGCCGAUAAGGAAUGUCCACGGCCUUUCCUGCAAAGCCUGUCUUUAUCAUGGGAAUCCUUCCGGGAUUGUCGUCCACGGACAUCCACAAGGCCCAAUUGGGGACAGAAAGUUCUUUUCUUUCCCUUCUCUUCUCAGUCAUUUCCAAUCUACUCAUGUUGAACGCAACAGGCCAAAAUUUGUACCUCAAACAGGAGUUGAGGUGCCAAAUCUAGAGUGGAAAACAGACAUGAUUGAGCUGCCACGUGAACAUACCAUCUCGGGUCUGAUUGCUGCUCAAGGAAUGGAUGACAAGAAACUGCGUUUACUUGCAGAUGUUUUCCCAAAUGCGUUCCCCUCACCGCUCCCUAAAAUUGACUCGAAGAGCAAGACUGGGGCUGUUCCCGUCUUAAAUGAAGGUCCCAGCAUUGAGGUUGAUGCGGCUAAUGAGAAUUUCAUCCCUGGAUUUGAUGGUCGUCCCGAGUCCUGGUCGACAUAUGAGCCACAUUCGACAUCAAAUCACUCAAGGCCUUUCACCGCUUCUGAUGUAUCCACACGGCAGCUAACACCAGCCACCAUAUCUAUUCAAGGAUCUCCUCGGCGCGAACCUUUCCCUGAUGAUGAAUACGAUCCACAUCGGCCAGCGUUCCUUGAAACCGCACGCUAUUCAAAAGCAAACUUUGGGCAUCAAAGGUCGGCAUACCAUCAUAGAACGCCUCGGGAUAUCGAGCGCGUAAUUUUCGUCCCUGAGGGCCCGGAAAUCCGCGAAAUUCGCCCGGAAGACAGGCGAGAAUCGACUUUUAGGAUGCAACCCCGGUCUUUCUCAAGGGGCGUAUACCAUGACCGCUACGUCAUUGCUCUGGACGGGCGGAGGCUACGCUCAGUCUCCCCCGAGGGCUCACUUGAAGAUGUAGUCUAUGAGAGACGGGGCAUGGAGGCUCAACACCGGCCGUUUGGGUCGUAUAUUGAUCGAAAAAGCGCUGUCAGUGAGGACCCUGUGCUUCACGGCGCAUCUCCUCCCAGGACCGAAAAGCAGCCGGUCGUGGGAAAUUUGGAGUCCUUAGCAAACGAGAGAAUACGGGCUGGCUCGGAAGAUGGCGAGAUUGGAGAAUCCAGGAAUGGAUCAGCUGUACCUAAACCCGCUCCAGAGAAACCUCCGUCACUUGAAGCGGCGAGCGCGGCCGAGCGCUUUCUUAAUGAAUUAGCUCCUGGGCACGAUACAUCGGUUUCACAACCGAGUGUUGACCGACCCGAGGCUGAAGGGUCUCAUGAAAAAGGAGGGGUCCAGAAUCCCGAAGCUGUGUCAGAGGACACCUCAGACAUUCGUGUCGUAAGUGGUCGCGCCGGUGGGCCUUCUGUGGAAGCUUUCCCCACACAAUCUAGCCGCCAGAGGCGCAACUCGGUUUCUAUCAAAACCGAGAGUAGCCCUCGGGCAAAUCAGUCAGACUUUCCCCCGGAAAUAUUUGAAGCCGCAGGCUAUAAGAGGACCUACGAGGCGGAGAUAGCCCCUAGCUAUAUAGAUCGUGAGUACACGAGGCCAAACAUCGUAUAUCGACGCCGCUAUGCAGACGACCCUCGCUCGCGACGCUCUCGUAGUCGCUUUAGUCGCUACGAAGCGCAACGAUACCGCACGCGCUCCCGCUCACCCGGCCGAGGGGACCAUGAUUAUAUAGAACGCAACCCACGUAUGAGGAGCCCUCCACGUGAUGCAGCAUACGAGCCUGCAUUUGUCGAUCGGCCAUCGCAUGACUCCUCUGAUACCGUCCUUGUAUCCAAACCUGCCGCUUAUGCGCGUGUCCCUCCGCGUGGUAGGUAUCAUUACGUUGAGGAGCCAAUCUAUCAUGAACCCGUGGAAUACAUUCCAGUGAGGUUUACCGAACGUCCGUCCCAUCAACAAAGCUUCGUCUAUGUUGACCGAUCAGCCGAACCAAAUCGGAUGAGCAGUUACGUCACAUAUGAGGAGCGCCCAUUAGCGCCGCCAGUGUAUGAGCGGCGGGAUCAUUACUACACAACUGAUUCGCUGCCUUAUGAAGACGACCAUGUCAUGGAAGAGGAAAAGCCAAGACACAGCAAGGUGGAUUUGCCGCCUUGAGCAAAAUGUCCGCCAUUUCUGUUGUCCAUAGCAUUAUUUUGCUGUUAUUCUUGUCAACUUCGCCUUCAUUUUCUUCGAUUUUGCAUAUCAUGUUACGAUUUACGAGGAGACGUCAGCAUUUACUGAGUAGCUUUUCAAAAGUGAUAAGUGUACGGAGUCUGAAAAUUAGCCCGGGUGGUCUUCGAUUUCGUGUUUAUUCCUCUUCAUGAUCUAAUACCAUGUACCAU